AGUGCGUGGAGAAGGGACGUUUAUUGAAGCUGCUCUGGAUAUUAAGCGAAAGAUCAGAACGACAGACAGGAUGAAUAUGAUCACGUUCUUUAUCGUUGGGCUUCUGGUCCAUGUGGUCUUCUUCAUCUCUAUAUUUGACAUCUACUUCACCUCGCCCUUGGUUCAUGGGAUGAGACCUCAGCAUGUGCCCUUACCGUCGCCCGCCAAGCGCCUGGUGCUCUUUGUGGCAGAUGGACUGAGAGCAGACAGCAUGUUUAAACCUGACGUCAACGGCACCAUCAGGACGCCCUAUUUAAGGAGUGUAAUUGAGGAGAGCGGUACAUGGGGAGUGUCCCACACACGUGUACCGACAGAAUCCCGUCCCGGACAUGUAGCACUUAUAGCAGGCUUUUAUGAGGACGUCAGUGCUGUGGCUAAAGGCUGGAAGGAGAAUCCUGUGGAGUUUGACUCUGUGUUUAAUGAAAGCCGGUAUACAUGGUGUUGGGGAAGUCCUGACAUCCUGCCUAUGUUUGCUAAAGGAGCGAGUGGAGAUCAUGUGUACACUCACACUUAUCCUGCUGCAAUGGAGGACUUCGCAUCGAAAGACGCCUCCAAGCUGGAUACCUGGGUGUUUGAUCAAGUGAAGGACUUUCUCAGAUCGUCCAAAGAGAACGAAACUCUCAUGUCUCAGUUACAUAAAGAUAAGAUUGUGUUUUUCCUUCAUCUUUUGGGAAUCGACACCAACGGACAUGCCCACCGGCCCACGUCAAAGGAGUAUUUGGAUAACAUCAUCCUGGUUGACAGCGGAGUGGCUGAGAUUGUUUCUGUGUUGGAGGAGUUUUUUGGGAACGAUGGGAGAACCGCGUAUGUUUUCACAGCUGAUCACGGCAUGACAAACUGGGGGUCUCAUGGAGCCAGUCAUCCGUCAGAGACGCUCACUCCCUUGGUGGCUUGGGGAGCCGGGGUUCAGAGAGCUCAGAGAAACGUCGCUUUACAGAAUGAUGAUGAAGACUACAGCAGAGACUGGGGGCUGGAGACAUACAGGAGGAUUGAUGUCAACCAGGCUGAUAUAGCGCCGCUCAUGUCGUCUCUCAUCGGAGUUCCUAUUCCACUCAACUCUGUGGGUGUCCUGCCACUCGAGUACCUCAAUACCAGUCAGCAUUUCAGAGCUGAAAGCAUGUACGCGAACGCCGUUCAAAUCCUGGAGCAAUUCAAGGUGAAAAUGACUCAGAAAAAGGAGACCACGUUGUCUUUUCUCUUCACGCCGUAUCAACCUCUGACUGAUUCUAAAAUGGACCAGUUUGUGAGUCACACAAGAUCUCUGAUCAGGACAGGGCACUUUGAUGAAGCUAUUCGUCAGUGUGACGUUCUGAUAGCUCAGGCCAUAGAGGGAUUGUCUUACUACCACACCUAUGACCGUCUUUUCCUGGGCUUCAGCGUCGUCAUGGGUUUCACCGGAUGGACGUCUUACGUGGUUUUGGUCAUCCUGAAGACUCACGCCAGCCUGCGCAAACCACCUGUGAGCAGAGACAUGACGGCAGCGAGACGUCUGGGCGGGGUGUUUGUGUGUGUGGGUCUGCUGGUUUCUCUCUUCCUGUUUCUUCAGACCAGUUCCUUCACCUACUACAUCUACUGCCUGCUGCCUGUCCCCGUGUGGUACGGCGUCCUUAAAGAAUUUGGGAUCCUUGUUGAGCUCAUCAGAUCAGUCUCUUCACUUCCUCUGAGCAAAUCCUUUGGAUAUUUUGUUCUAGUCACAUUUGGGAUAGAGCUACUGGUUGUGAGUUUUUUCUAUCGUGCCGUGUUGACCCUGGGACUGAUAGCGUUGGCACUGUGGCCUUUCGUCUCAGGGCUUUAUAGAAAAUCCAAGUUCAGGUCAGCGAGCUGGGUGUUGAGCUGCUCGUGUCUGGCAGCGUUUCCUUUGUUGCCCGUCGUCGGACGAGAACCCGACACCAACUACGUGGUGUGUGCCGGAGCCGUAACGGUGCUUACGUCGUUCUUCUACAUCUGCUCACACAGACACACAGGACUGCAUGCCAGAGAUCAUCGGCUGUUUAUUGGCCAGAUGCUGCAGGUGGCGCUGUGCACAUACGUGCUUUCCAGCACACACUCCAGUCUGCGACUCAAACAAGGCCUGUCGCUCUUCAAUCAGCUCCUCAGCUGGACCACUUUGGUCUCGUCGUUUUUUGUGCCUCUGCUGAGUCCUACACGACUCUUCCACAGACUGCUGAGUAUCCUCAUGUCCCUCAUCUGCGUGUACCUUCUCCUCAGCACCGGGUACGAGGCUCUGUUUCCUCCUGUACUGUCAUGGCUGAUGUUUGUGUGGAUCCAUAUGGAGCAGGAAGCUGUGGACACACACAGAAUUUCCAACAGGAAUGAGCUCUGGCGCAUCGAUUUUGCUGAAAAUAUCGACUUAUCCAGAAUCAGGCAGCUGAGUUUGGACGAUAUCAGAAGAUCGUACUUCUUCGUAUUCUUCAUAAUCAUCGCAUUCUUUGGCACAGGAAACAUUGCCUCCAUCAACAGUUUUGACCCAGCUUCUAUCUACUGCUUUCUAACGGUCUUUAACCCUUUCAUCAUGGGUGGCCUUUUAAUGUGGAAGGUCCUCAUUCCCUUCAUAAUUGUUAUGUGCACGUUCGAAAGUGUUCAAGUAUCAACGCGGCUUUCGUCACGGAGCCUUUUCCUCAUCGUGCUGGUCAUCUCUGAUUUGAUGGCACUGCACUUCUUCUUCUUGGUGAAAGACUACGGAAGCUGGCUUGAUAUCGGCACGAGCAUUAGUCACUACGUCAUUGUCAUGUCCAUGACCAUCUUCCUGAUGCUGCUGAGUGUGAUGACACACACCCUGACCUCAAAGAAGCUCCAGUUUGGACGAAAAGCGAAGACGCACUUUAAGUGACAGUGUUGGAAAAAGACAAAGCUUGGUGUGUUAGGCAGUGUGCUGGGGGGCAACAACAGUUGGCUUACACUGUAAAUAUAACUUUCUUACAAGGAAGCUGAAAAAAAGGACAUUUCUGGUAAAUACACUGAUAGGUUUAAAGGAAAUAGAGCUUGUUAUAUGUGGCUAUGCAAAUCCUCAGCCAUGAAGUUGUAGGAAAUUAAGUGUCGUCACGGAAGUGUUAUUUGCAGAGAAAACCUCAAACAAAUGAUGAUACAAAAUUAAAUACUUCUGCCACAUAAAAAAAAACGUAGGUAAAUGAGCAUGAAAUCCCGAACAUGGUCAUUUACACCGUUCUUACAUAUUACACUGUGAAAAGGUCUGAAAUUUGAAAUUUGAGGUCUCAUUUUUUAAUAAUAAUGCAUUAAUUUUUGUAUUUAUUUACUUUGUACUGUACCGACAAAGCACAAGAUGGAGAUGGGAUUGAGAUUUUGAUAUCUGUACAUUAUUAUAUUUAUAUUAAAACACUAAAACUCUCA